AUGUCCACGGGUGCGCCGAUGAACGUGGAUCUUAUCCCGCCCCCCAAUGGACAUGCGCAUGGCCAUAGCCGAGGGCGCGGCCACUCUCGGUCCCCUCGCUGGACGCAGUCUCCGCUCUCAACCUCCGAAACUCAAUCACCGGGGCCGAGUGAUAUUGUGAAUUCAAAUUACACAUACAGCCAUGCACCACAGGCCUCGCUGGGCAGCCAGCAUCUACAUUCUCACUCAAUUGACCACCACCAUCACCACCACCACCAUACCCAUAGUGUGUCCCUUCACCAUGAUGCACACCAUGCCCAUGAGCCGCACACCGUGCAUGAUGCCGACCUGCUGGCCUCGGAGUUACUGAAACAGGAAGGAUCUAACCCUGAGCAGAUCCAGGAGAUUCUAACCGGUACACUGAUUGCCUUGCCGUGGAUCGCGCUUUCCUGGUACCCAAGAAAGUGCGCGCAGAUUUGCAAACCUGGGGAUGGUCCUAUGGCAAAAGGUGGUUCGCCGGUUGGGUCUAUUGGGCAGGUUGGACAGAGGACCUGCGUGUUGACCGCGAUCACUCUGCUUCUUUUUGGCGGCGGGCAGAUCUUGCGCAAUCAUCGCGGAGGCCCGGCGGGUCUGUCUGUCAAAUUACCCCCAAUGAACAUUAAGAGCGCCCAAACCUCAUUUCUUCAAUUGUGCUCGAUCGGGCUACCCAUCUACGCAGCACUCAAGGUCGGGGGUUUCCUCAUUGCCUUUUCUCUCCUCCUGGCCAGCGCAUCCGGAGUACCCAACCUGGCGAGCAGUGCUCCUCGCCCCCAGGAAAAAUAUAGCCGAAAGGUUAUGUCUGUUGCUCUUCUGGUGAUAGUUAUGUUGGUGAGCUUCAUAGGGCUGAAUCAACACUGGGAUGCAUCUCCACUCAUGGGAUAUACCGCGCUUCUGGUCUCCGUCUUCGUCAUUCCCCCCCCAUUUCCAUCCGUUCGCCAUUCAGGACCCAUCCCGGAACCUGGUCUUGUGGCCCAGUCGCUAUCCUCGCAAGCCAAGCCCUCGGGGUCCGACAAUCCAUCGGUCGUUGUCACGACUGAUGCACCACUUGCUCUCGUCUCUGGAGCUUUCUUAACAUGCGCUACUGUAAUUUCCUCCCAGGGUCUUGCCUUGGAACUGUCGGACUUGAUAUAUCUCGGAGUCCCUGCCAGUCUCUUCGCAAUUUCUUUGAUGAUUCAUUUCCCCCCGGGUCUUCGUUCCGCCAAUAAAGCCGGUUUGGGUAUCUGUACCGGUGCUGCAGCCUUUCUAUCUUCACCACACAUUCGCGAUGAUUUCCUAAUUGCUUACACUGCGCGUUGUAUUUUGGCCGCUGUAUCCUUUUUCGCCGCGAGAAUGGAUGACAGUCAUUUACGGUCAGAUGCGCAUUCGCAUAGCCACUCACACCAUCAUCACCACGGCCAUUCGCAUACCACUUCCGAGACCUCGCGGAUCACUAAGUGGCUGGUUCACCGCAGUGAGCCAUACCCCUUGCUCUAUAGCAUCCUGAAGGAGAAGGAUUCUCGCAGUAUCUUUUACUUCAUGUGCUUGAACUUCUGCUUCAUGCUUGUUCAACUUUCAUAUGGCUUUUUGACCGGAUCUCUGGGGUUGCUCAGUGACAGUAUCCAUAUGUUCUUCGAUUGUCUUGCGCUUGUUGUCGGGCUUUGUGCAGCCGUCAUGAGCAAGUGGCCGCCCAAUGCUCGUUUUCCUUACGGUUAUGGCAAAGUGGACACAUUGUCUGGAUUUGCCAAUGGUAUUUUCCUCAUGAUCAUCAGUGUGGAGAUUAUCUACGAGGCUGUGGAACGGCUGUCAUCCGGGAGUCAAAUGCACCGUAUUAGUGAGCUCCUGGCUGUCAGCAUUGCUGGUUUGGCGGUCAACCUGGUCGGCAUUUUCAGCUUCGAGCAUGGUCACGCUCAUCAUGGCCACGACCACGGCCAUGACCACUCGCAUGGCAAUGAAAACAUGCACGGGAUUUUCUUGCAUAUACUGGCGGACACGCUGGGCUCUGUGGCUGUAGUGAUCUCGACUGUCUUGGUGCACUACUCUGGAUGGGCGGGCUACGAUCCCCUGGCCUCGUGCUUCAUUGCUAUCUUGAUUUUUGCCUCGGCUGUUCCUUUGGUCAGCAGUACUGCCAAAACCUUACUGCUGGCCUUGCCGGCCGAUACCGAGUAUAAUGUUCGUGAAACCCUGGCCGGGGUGAGCACUUUGCGUGGUGUGGUUUCGUACACAGUCCCCAAAUUCUGGUUGGAUGACACCGGAACGGUCUCGUCGGAACAUAACCAUAACCAUCCGCAUGCACACUCCGGCCACAGCCAUGGUCAUCACCAUCACCAUCACCAUCAUGAUCACCAUCAUGAUCACCAUGGCCAUGAUCAUCACGAUCACGACCAUGACCAUGACCAUGAGCAGAAAAGUCAAAAUGUCCUCGGGGUGAUUCAUGUCAUUGCCUCACGCGGUGCCGAUCUGGAAGAUGUCCGUCAGCGCACUGUUACUUUCCUUCGAGAAAAGAACAUGGAAAUUGUCGUCCAAGUGGAGCGGGAUGGUGAUGGACGCUGUUGGUGCGGCGGCGGAAACAAGGGCUCUUGA